CAUCUGGUUGUUAUACAAGUUGUUUUAAGCUUGAUUAGUUACAAAAAGUUUAUCUUGGUCUGGUCAGUGAACAUUUAUCUUAAAAUAAUAAAUGAAACAAUAAUAAUAUACAGUCGAGGAGCUGUUGGGUCUUUCUCUUUGGAAAUAAUAACAGCGGCUCCGGUGGCAAAGCCGAUCACGUUUUCGAAGAAGGCAAAUAGUCUCGAGCAUGACGGAGGCGUUUUUUCCGUACGAGACGUCGAUAAGGAGGCCCGGGUGGGGCCUUGGAUGAAGGUGUGGGAGAUGUCGAGCAUCCAAAAGCUGGCCAAGAAAACAACGGUGACAGCAACCAAGCCCGGAGACCUGGCUGCUUCUCUUGUGCGCUCCGGCUAUGGGGUUCAGGCAUUUGAGACGUCAGGUCGGUUGAUGGAUGACUUCGCAGAACUAGGGGGUACAAGAUGUGCAAAUCUGAUGGAGACAGGGAAAGGUGUUCAUGCUUUGGUCGCAUUAGUAUCUCAUGCCGAUCAAAUAGAAGAUAUGUUUUUUGGCGUCGAGGGGGUUCUAAAAGGAUUGCGGAAAGAUGUAAUUAUUAUUGUCCAUUCAACCAUACUCCCCGCACACAUCCAGAAGAUGGAGAAAAUUAUUACAGGGGAUUAUCAGAUGGAAGUUAUUGACAUGUACGUCUUGCAGGCGCUGUCUGAAUCUUCAAUUGGAAAACGCAUGAUUAUUUCUUCUGGACAACUGGAAUCCCUGUCUAGGGCACAACCAUUUCUUUCUGCUAUGAGUGACAAGCUUGUCUUAUUUGAGAGUGAAAUAGGAGCAGGCAGCAAAAGUAAAAUGGUAAUCGAGCUUCUUGAAGGAAUUCACUUUGUUGCUUCACUUGAAGCUAUGUCUCUAGGUGCUCAAGCUGGGAUUCACCCUUGGAUAAUCUAUGAUAUCAUUUCUAAUGCAGCUGGAAGCUCAUGGGUCUUCAAAAACUAUAUUCCUCACAUGUUAAGGGGUAACCAGUCUACUCAUCAUCUACUCAGUGCUUUUAAUCAAAACUUGGGAAUAGUAUUGGAGAUGGCAAAAUCACUUAUAUUUCCACUCCCUCUUUUAACUGUUGCCCACCAACAAAUCCUUGCAGGAUCUCAUGGUGGGAAGGUUGAUGACGAUACGCCGUUACUUAAAGUCUGGGAAAAGUUAUCUGGGGUGAACAUCUUAGAAGCAGCUAAUGCAAAAACCUACAACCCAGAGGAGCUGGCUAGUCAAUCAUCUACCAAAUCAAAAACUGUAAAGCGGAUAGGAUUUAUUGGGUUAGGAGCAAUGGGAUUUGGCAUGGCAACACAUCUGCUGAAAUCAAAUUUUGUUGUGCUGGGUUAUGAUGUUUAUAAGCCUACCUUAUCGAGAUUUGAAAAGGAAGGUGGAAUUGCAGGGAGUAGUCCUGCUGACGUGUCCAAAGACGUGGAUGUGCUUGUUAUAAUGGUCGCAAAUGAAUAUCAAGCUGAAAGUGUUCUAUAUGGAGAUAACGGUUCUGUGGCAGCCCUUCCUUCUGGAGCAACUCUUCUACUUUCAUCCACGGUAUCUCCAGCAUUUGUCAGCCAGCUUGAAAGAAGAUUGCAGCCUGCACAGAAGGACUUGAAGUUGGUGGAUGCUCCUGUCUCUGGUGGUGUUAAAAGAGCGGCUGAUGGAACACUUACUAUAAUGGCGUCGGGUGCAGAUGAAGCUCUGGAGCAUGCUGGUUCUGUUCUUUCAGCGUUGAGUGAGAAGCUUUAUAUUAUAAAUGGAGGUUGUGGUGCUGGCAGUUGUGUAAAAAUGAUCAAUCAACUGCUUGCUGGAGUUCAUAUUGCAUCAGCAGCAGAGGCGAUGGCAUUUGGAGCACGUUUGGGUCUCAAUACAAAAAUGUUGUUUGAUGUCAUCUCAUACAGUGGUGGAACAUCAUGGAUGUUUGAGAAUCGUGGUCCUCACAUGGUAGAGAAUGAUUAUACACCAUUAUCAGCACUUGAUAUAUUUGUGAAGGAUUUGGGAAUUGUCUCUCGUGAAUGCUUCUCUCGUAGGGUACCACUUCACGUGGCAAACGUUGCACAUCAACUAUUCUUGUCUGGUUCAGCUGCUGGAUGGGGCCGAAUAGACGAUGCUGCUGUAGUGAAGGUUUAUGAAGCACUUACAGGAAUCAAAGUUGAAGGGAACGCCCAUGCUUUGAGUAAAGAUUUCGUCCUAAGCUCUAUUCCACCAGAGUGGGCAACAGAUCCUAUCAAGGAUAUUAUUGACCUUAACCAGAAAAAUUCGAAAACUUUAGUUGUUUUGGAUGACGAUCCAACUGGGACUCAAACAGUUCAUGACAUUUUCGUAUUGACGGAAUGGGAGUCUAGAUUUUCUUGGGACUCCUCAUCUUUGAAAUGCUUUCAUGGUUCCAAAAUGUUCCCCACUAUUCUGGAUCGUUCCGCAAUCACCCAGGAAUACUUCAUGCACCUCAGACACUCCCGAAAUGCUCUUCAGGCAUCCACAAUAUUCUACAUGAAUCGGAGCAUUCUUAUUCGGAGUAUAUGCACGCCCUUGUGCGGUAUUCGGUCCUCUUCAGCAACAGGCCGUGACUUGAAGAUGACAGUUGAAUCACUUGUUGAGAUGUUCAGUCAAAAGCCCAAAUGCUUUUUCAUUUUGACGAAUUCUCGAUCAUUAAGUUCUGACAAGGCUAGUGCACUAAUAGCAGAAAUCUGCAGCAACUUGUCUGCCGCUGCAAAGACAGUGGGCAACACUGACUACACUGUGGAGGCAGAUGCAGCUGUUUCUGUAAUUGGUGAAGUGGAUGUGUGGAUAAUUUGCCCUUUUUUUCUACAAGGAGGCCGCUACACUAUUGGAGAUGUACACUAUGUUGCAGAUUCUGAUAGGCUCAUCCCUGCUGGUAAAACAGAGUUUGCUAAAGAUGCUUCUUUCGGUUACAAAUCUUCUAAUCUGCGGGAGUGGGUGGAGGAGAAAACCGGUGGUCGGAUACCAGCAAGCAGUGUUUCUUCCAUUUCUAUUCAGCUACUAAGGAGGGGUGGACCUGGAGUUGUUUGUGAUCUUCUUUGCAGUUUGAAAAAGGGGUCAACAUGCAUAGUUAAUGCUGCCAGUGAAAGAGACAUGGCUGUAUUUGCUGCAGGAAUGAUUCAGGCUGAACUGAAGGGAAAGACCUUCUUAUGCCGUACGGCAGCUAGUUUUGUAUCAACUCGGGUCGGAAUCAUUCCAAAAUCUCCACUAUUGCCAAGCGAUCUUGCAAUAUCUAGAAAGAGGGCUGGUGGACUUAUAGUUGUCGGUUCAUAUGUUCCUAAAACUACAAAACAGGUAGAAGAGCUACUGUUACAAAGAGGUCAUGCCUUGACUUUGAUCGAGGUUUCUGUUGAUAGAAUUGCCAUGAGAUCAGUAGAAGAAAGAGAGGCAGAGAUCAACCAGACAGCUGAGAUUGCUGAUGUAUACCUAAGCAGUGGGAAAGACACUCUUGUGCUUACUAGUCGGCAGCUUGUUGUAGGAAAAACUACUUCCGAAAGCUUAGAGAUCAACUCCAAAGUAAGCUCCGCACUUGUGGAAAUAGUGCGCAGGAUAACCACAAGACCACGAUACAUACUUGCAAAGGGUGGAAUUACCUCUUCUGACCUGGCAACAAAAGCUCUAGAAGCCAAACGAGCCAAAAUAUUGGGCCAAGCUCUGGCUGGGGUACCCUUAUGGGAACUAGGUCCUGAAAGCAGACAUCCUGGAGUACCCUACAUCGUUUUCCCGGGAAAUGUUGGUGACAAUAAUGCUGUUGCUGAAGUUGUAAAACGUUGGUCGCAUCCAGGCAGACUUUCAACAAAGGAACUUCUUAUUAAUGCAGAAAAAGGUGGGUAUGCUGUUGGAGCCUUUAACGUCUAUAAUCUCGAAGGAGUUGAGGCAGUUAUUGCAGCAGCCGAGGAACAGCAGAGCCCUGCUAUUUUGCAGAUCCAUCCUAGUGCCUGGAAACAAGGAGGACUUCCAUUGGUAGCCUGCUGUGUAUCUGCUGCAGAACACGCAAGUGUUCCUAUUACAGUUCACUUUGACCAUGGAAGUUCCAAAAGAGAACUGCUGGAAAUUGUGGAAUUGGGAUUUGACUCCAUUAUGGUCGAUGGUUCACAUCUAUCCUUUGAGGAAAAUGUUUCGUGUACCAAGUACAUUUCGACCUUAGCUCACUCUAAAAAACUAAUGGUGGAAGCUGAGUUGGGAAGAUUAUCGGGAACAGAAGAUGGCCUAACUGUAGAAGAUUAUGAAGCAAGACUAACUGAUGUCAAUCAGGCUAGUGAGUUCAUUGAUGCAACGGGUAUAGAUGCUUUGGCCGUUUGCAUCGGAAAUGUCCAUGGAAAAUACCCUGAAAGUGGCCCCAAGCUGAGACUUGAUCUGCUCCAGGAUCUGUAUGAAUUGAGCUCACGUAAAGGAGUUCAUCUUGUACUUCACGGCGCCUCUGGCCUGGGAAAGGAUAUCAUCCAGGAAUGCAUAAGCCGGGGAGUAAGGAAAUUCAACGUGAACACUGAGGUCCGUAAUGCGUACAUGAACUCUCUAAAGAGUGUACAGAAAGAUCUGGUGCACGUCAUGGAAUCGGCCAAAGAAGCCAUGAAAGCUGUUGCUUCCGAGAAAAUGAAUCUCUUUGGCUCGGCUGGGAAAGCCUAAAUCAUCACAAUGCCAGUGUUCAAUAAGCAAAUAUAACGAGCCCAUGAACUCAAUGCUUUGUAAUGUCCCCAGUACUUGAUCCAUUUCUCGCUCAAAUAAUAAUAAAUUAUUAUUUAUAUGUUAUUUCUGUUGAUUUUUUGGUGUGGUCAUAUGUGGUUCUGUUGUUGUAAUUAUCCUCGAAAAUACUCGUGAAUGCCUGUUUAUUUGAUGAAUCAAAUUCAAGUAGUAAGAAUAUUUCAAUCGGAAAAUAUCUCAGCUUGUGGUCAUCAGUCUCGUUCUCCAUGAUAUGUACAUUUGAGUCUUUGACCCGGUAAACA